GGUCGGUCGGUCCCCAGUCCCUGGGUCAGCAGCAGCGAGCGGCAUGUCUUCCAACUCCAACCUGAGCAGCAUGCAACGUUUAGUGGAGCAGCUGAAGCUGGAGGCAGGGGUGGAGAGGAUCAAGGUCUCUCAAGCGGCAGCAGAACUCCAGCAGUAUUGCAUGCAGAACGCCUGCAAAGACGCUCUACUCGUGGGAGUCCCAGCAGGGAGCAACCCUUUCCGGGAACCAAGGUCCUGUGCUUUACUCUGAAGUCAGGGGAGAAGUUGCUGGGAGAGGUCUCUUCAAGCCUGCGAUGCUCGACGACUGCCUCCUUGUCUCAAGAAAAUCCUUUCUCUAUGCCCUUACUUUUGCGUGGCCCGAACAGUGUUUUAAGUGCUUACGAGUCUUUUUCCAAUGCCUCACUGCAGGAUAUGCACAGGCCGAACCCUAACUCAGAUAAACGAGGUUUCUGUUUGCCCGAGGGAUAAACCGUAAAGGAUUUACUGGGGUUUUUCAAACUAUUGGUAAUAUCGGGAAAUAAUGGUUCUAUAUUUUUAAAUAUCCCCCAGAGAUCCUCUUUUCAUAAUUGAGUUUCUAAUAGAAUACCAAAUUUGACUUGCUUACUUGGAUGUUUACAUUUUGGGAAAAAAAACAGAUCUUUUAGCAAAUCGCUUUGCCUUCUUGUCA